ACCGAUCGUGCUGCUGCUCGCGUUCGCGUUCGUUGUGAUUCCCUACUUUUUUUACUUUUAUAUUUAUUUCUGUCUCAAAAUUCAAAUUCAAAUUCAAUAUACAACACUCACUGCUGACCCGUCCGUCUCGUCUUGUCUAUGUCUCCAUCUCCAUGUACAAAAGAUACAGUCCUCAUCUUAUCUGGUUCUGGAUGUGUAAAACGUCAAAAUCAAAGUACUAGUGGUCGGGUCGCCGAGCAUGAGACAAAAAAUAUCUAUAUAAAAUUAGGUACCUAUCGCUUAUUGAAGCUAAGAUAUUUUUGAGUCCAAACUAAAAGGCAGCCACCGCAGCAUCUAUACGGUUCGUUUCGGUUCGGUUCAUCCAUCGUCCAUAUCUUCUUCACUUCUGUCCAUUUAUUUUCGCAAACUGUUAUUUUUUCUUUCUUAAUUUUGUUUUUUUUUUUGUUAAGGAGGACACUGAAAUCAAAUUUGCGCUGAGCAAACUAAAAAUCGAAAAAGAAAUAAAAGCCAAAAAAAACAACAGACAAAAUUUAAAAACGAUCGCGAAUUUUUAGAGUCUUUUGCGGCAGAACUAUCGUUUUCCGUCCAGUUGAAUUGAGUGAGUGCAUAUUGAGGCUUACACUUUAGUAAUUUUUGGACGUUGCCGCUGCCGCCGCUGCUGUUGCUAAAAGACAAUUAUGUUCUUGUGAAAAGUGUUUCGGAUUUGGGUGAGAUCGGUUCGUUGGCGGACUAACAACUAACGACUAACAUCUUGUAUCUUGAAGCUUGAUAUCUACCUUUCAAUCGGUCCCAUCCUAUACACUAUACACACACCUUUUUUAGUUCGUGUUGUGUUGUUCUUUUCCUCUUCAAAAAAAUUGGAUAUUGGGAUCCAAUCGAUCUGUGUGAGAUAAUUUAGUGUUCGCAAAUUUUGAAAAUCAAUUGAUUCGUUAUUCGGCGUCUAGCGAAAGUGGUUGUGUUGUUUCUGAAGAACGAUUUGCCUCUCAUAAUAUCCCGAAACGUCGGAAUUUAAGUGAACAAGUAAUAUUUUCUAUCCACAUCCACGUGAUCAUUUGCUGUUAUUAUUUCCUAAUUAAAAUUUAAAUAAACUUAAAUUGAUUGGAUUGUUUCAAUUUAAAUAAAAAAAAAAGAAAUAAAACUACAUACAGUCGAUUUUUGUAGCUGGGUUUUUGCACAGUUUUUGUGUUUAGCUGAUUUUAAAGGAGGCAAUUGAAAAUUAUUGAGAAAUAAAAAUGAAGUUGAUCUGCAUUUUAUUGGCACUGUCGCUAGUUUCCUUAUCGAUGUCACAUUCCCUGUCUACUGAGGAGAAAUGUGUCCUUAAUUGUGACAUUAAAUCCUAUAUGCCGGUAUGUGGUACAGACGAUGAGGGAGAAACGCGGACCUUCAAUAAUUUAUGUAUUUUGAAAACGGAAAAUUGCUUACGCAAUUUAAGUUUCCAAAAGACCGCUGAUGGCCCGUGCCCCUAAAAUGAGCAAAAACUAUCGGAAUUUAAAUUAUAAUUAAUAUGGCAAUGUAUACAACGCUUCAUCAUCAUCAACCAUCACCACCAUCGAUCGCCAUCGCCAUCGCAAUCUUAAUCAUCAUCUGUUGCGGUUGCAGGACCAGAAAAAGAAAAAGAAAACAAAUUAAAUUAACAUAUCAAUCUCAAUAGUGAUGCCAUAUUGUUCGAUUGGCAGCAAUAAUUUAAAUUUAAAUUUAAAACAAAACAACACAAAAUUGCCGUCGUCAGUCAUUUCUAUAUAGUUGUAGCGAUGUAUAUGGAGCCAAUUUACGUGGUAUUUGUGUGAUAUUCUUAAGUUUGAUCAAUCAUGAAUGUAGAUUUGCAUAAUAUACGUUUUAUUUUUGUAUAUUUAAUGAAUACUUAUUAGAAAAUAUAAAGAGACAACGAAAAAAUAAAUAACAAAAUAAAAUAUAAAUCAAA